UGCGUGCUGAAAUUUGAGCCAGCACUUAUUUGCUGGUGACGAAGCCGUUUCCUUUUUUGCGUCGUCCUCUGACUCCGGAAUAAGAUUAGUCUCCAGCCAGCAGGCGGCAGCACAGCAGCCAGCGGCUUCCUUUCCUCCGGCGAUGGCGAAGAAUCCCAGAGAUGCCGCCGCUCCGGAGGAGGAGGAGAUGCCCGUUGCAGCCGAGGGACAGGCAGCGCCAGCCGCGGCGACGGUGAAGGUGCUCUUCUUCGCCCGCGCGCGGGACCUGACGGGCGUGGCGGAUUCGGCGGUGGAGGUACCGCCGGGGAGCACCGCGGGCGAGUGCCUCGCCCGGGUCCUGGCGCAGUUCCCCAAGCUGGAGGAGAUCCGGGGCUCCGUCGUGCUCGCGCUCAACGAGGAGUACGCGGCCGACUCCACCCCGGUCGCUGACGGCGACGAGCUCGCUGUCAUACCGCCCAUCAGUGGCGGCUGACGUUAAUCACGACCGACUUGUGUGGAGGUGAAAAGAUAUGAACACAUAAAUCAUUGAGAAAAAAAAAGAGAGAGAAAAUGCUCCUUUUCCUUGUUGUCCCAAAUGAUUGAAGUUAUAACUCGAUAAAAUAAUCUCUUGUUCUUGAUUACAAUUUUGUUCACAUUGAUCAGUAAUAUUUGUUGUCAAAGAAUGGAUGAAUUGAAUGCUACUACCUUGUAUGUUGAUAAA